CCCUUUAACCCCGAUUCGACUCAGCUGUAAAAUCAUCAUGGGAUUCUGGACACUGAUGGAAGGGUUGCUGCUAUUCGCAAACGCACUUGCUAUCCUCAACGAAGACCGUUUCUUAGCUCCCAAAGGAUGGACACUCGCGGAGCUUCACCAAACCGGCAAAAGAAACUCCCUCAAAGGCCAAGUCGUCGGUCUCAUCCACGCCUGCCAGUACAUGAGGCUUCCUCUCAUGCUCUUCAACUUAAUUGUCAUUGUCUUUAAACUCUUUUCCGGUUAAAAAA